CUUCACUUUUUUUGCAUGUGCGAAUUCCUGAAUUGUUUGAUCGCGUGUUAAAUUUGUGUGUGCAAGCAACUGUUUUGGUUGAUCGGUAUCUGUACUGCGGUUUAUCAGGAGGGACGUUAUCGGUACGGUUUCGCUGGUGUCGCUGAUCCCGUAGUCGCUGGAUUCCAUUUCGCGUCGCCUAGCUGGAUCCCGUUUCGCCUGGAUCCGAUUGUCUCCUAGCUUGAUCCGCGAAGCCACAGCCUGCAGUAACUCCCCUUGCUCAUCUGGAUAGUUUCAGCGCUAGCUGAAAUAAGUCUCCAGUCUGAGUGAUCUCGGUCGGCUACGGAUCGUCGUUUGAUUAAUUCCAGCAGGUGCAUCUACCGAGGCACAAAGUAUGGCUCCAGUUGUGCAGCCCGGCAGAUUCUUGUUGGAAAAUAUGGGAUGUGGCUACUGUGGCUUGGAGGAGUUGCGUUGCCUCGCCUACUGCGGGGCAGCCGACUGCCGUAAAUUUUUCUGCAAUGUAUCCAAGAAUGGACAACUGAAGAGUCAUAUCAUACAGCACAGUGAACGGACUGGACACAACGUUAUUGUCGUCAGCCGUGGACUGCGAGACUGGCCCAUGGAGAAGGAUGAGCGGGCGAAGUUCAUUCUGCAAAAUUUUACGUUUUCUCCGGAGUGCUUCCAGUGCCAUGACUCGGAUAUAUUCCACCUAGGCACGGAAUGGGCCGGCGGCCACCCGUUCCGUGCCGAACAAAUAUGGUGCCGUGCACACGCCACCGCCCGGGGAACGGUCACCUCUGCUAUGUGGCAACCGCUAGUGGAGACGAGAAAGGUCAGGCGUGAAGUCUUCGAUAGCCAUCUGCUGCACGGUUUGGUGGCCUGCGUCCCUGUUAAAGCCAUGAAUCUCCACUGGCCAGCCAACCUCUGGAAGGUUAAGAAGCCCGAGCAGGCCAUGGACCGUCUUGAGCGGUAUUGGCGCGCGAAACCAGCCUACACGCACCGCGAAUUUAAACUGUGGAAAAAUGCGCAAAUGCCGGAUGUGUCCACACCGGCUGAUGAGCCUGUGGACGUGCUGGAUGAAGGGCCAAGCGGAAACCAUCCCGCCGCGGACGAUGAAUCUCCAGAGAAAUCUGGUGAAAAUUCAGACUCCGAGGUGUUCAAUGACGAUUCGGAGGGGAGUGCGCCGCUGGUUUUCAGUCCUGGUAGUUCUUCGAGUCCUGGGCUUUCGACGGAAUCCAGCAGCAGCAGCUCCCCGGGCCCGCUGGAGAGGAACGUGCGGGAGUCGCCGGUGGAUCACUCCCCGGUUCCGCUGACUCAACGUCGCGUUGGAAGUGAGGCUCCGGCGCCGGGGGCUGCUGGUGAACCAUCAGUCCGCGAAAACACCGAGGCAUCGGCCCACAGCGGCGCCACUGAUGGAUUGGAGGCGAUCAGAGACUCACCGGGCGACGGCGCGACUGAUGGACUGCCGGCGAUCGGAGACUCACCCGGCGAUGGCGCAGCUGAUGGAUUGGCAGCGAUCGGAGAUUCACCCGGCGACGGCGCGCCCCUCCCGGCGCCUCUGACACCGGUCCAACAGGAGCCGGUGCCGGCGCCUGUGACACCGGUCCAACAGGAGCCGGGGCCGGCGCCUGUGACACCGGUCCAACAGAAGCCGGUGCCUGUGAAACCGGUCAAACAGAAGCCGGUGCCUGUGAAACCGGCCCAGCAGAAGCCGGUGCCUGUGAAACCGGUCCAACAGAAGCCGGCGCCGGUGCCUCAGAAACCAGCCCAACGGAAGCCGAUCCCCGUGCUUAAGAAACCCGUCAAGGCGCCUGCACCAGCGCCUUCACCGGACGAAUCACCCAGCGCCGACACCAGUAGCCAGUCUUCGGCGGGCGAAUCGGCCGGCUGGGUGGGAGACGAGUUCCGCUUCAAGGGAUGGCGCCUGGGAACUGCGGAGGUCGAGGAUGACGAGAAGAAGACCCUGGAUUCGCAGUUCAACAGGAUCCGGCGGGCCAAGACCGGCAAGGAGCGCGUCACCGCGAUUAUCACCCGCGCCGCGAUUCAGCUGACGAUCGGCCGAACGGAGAAGGUCACGCACCCGGUGGUAAAUGUACAGCUGAAACCGGUGUGGCGGCAUCAAGCGGAUAAGCGAGUUUUCGGCUACGUCGGUGGCGCAAAGGGCCGUGAACGCCAGUUCUUUGUCUUUGAGGCCAACGACGGAGAUACGGCGGAUGAAGUGGCGGAGGCAAUCAAUCACCUGUUCCGAUUGGUUAAGGCCACACCGUCGCCGAAAGUUGGAAAGCGCCGCCUCCCUCGCGCCGCCCAGAACACUACCCGAAGUCCCGCCGGAGCCCCACCAGUCCUCAGCCCCGCCGAGGCUGGGAAGCAUCCUCACAUGCCUGAUCCGGAUCUGCCCCUGCCCGGUCCGGUUAAGGGAAUUAGGAAUCAGGCCGAGAAGUGGACGCCGCGUACUCAUAAGACUAACAUCGAUAGCCUUCCCAAACGCAAGGCCGGACAGGAAGAUUCCACAUUCUGGUUUGCUGUGGUGCUCGCUCAGCGCCAGCUGAAACUGACGUUCGUCGAGAUCGCCAAACUUAUUGGGUUUGACGCGCAGCAAGUGCGCCAUUGGUCCGGCCUGAUGGAAGCCGGGUUAACUCUCCGCCAGUGGCUGAUACGCCAUCCUGGGCGUGGUGGAGGAAAAGCACAACCUCUGAAUGCUUCCAUCGUUGUGUAGGCCGAGCAGAUUGUCCGUAAUGCGGUUCCCUGGCACGAAACUCGUCCUGAAACAUGAACUGUGCCGACCUCGUUUUUUGGCACGUAAUUGCUUGUUUCGUUCUCCGUUCGCCGGUGAUACGU